AUGUCAACUUCAGGAACCAACCGAGGUUUCAAUACCGGAUUUAGUUUCUCAGUACUGCCACAGAUGCAGUACAACUCGUCGGAUAAGAUGAGUAACAUGCAGCAGGCCCGCGAAGGCCAUUUCAACCCGGUAUCUCCUCAUUCUUCCAGUGGAGCCGCCGAUUCUUUCAAGGGUACUCCUGAUACUCGACUAACCACCUUCUCACCCGAGGAUGGAUCCGCCCGAUCUACAAAGACACUCGCAUCUCUCAAUGCCAGUGCACGCGACGUUGGACCUAUCAAGUACGACAUGGCCUCGACGAAGUCUCUCGAGCGACCGGGUGUCUUUUACCGUAGCAACCUUCAGCUAGAAAAGGACCCUUUCGUCACCUCUGCUGGCCCAAGCUACAGCGGAAGACAGAAGUUAUCCCCUACCGCUACCGUCUUUAGUCCUCUCCCCCCGGCGAUGGUUGCUCGCGGUGCAGCAUCUGAGCCUAAGAGAGCAGAUGCGAUGUCAGAGCGUCUUAGCCAGGGCGGCGGCCACGCUUCUAGACGUUCUUCGCCGCCGGCUAGCUCGAUCAAUGCUCACUUCAUCCGCAACCAGCUGAGCACGGAUAUGGGAAUUUCGAGAUGCUUGAUUCUCUCAUCUCCAAUUGGUAGCAAUGUUACUGCGGAUGAGUUUGAGAUUCACUUAACUGAACUUCUUCCGGCUGGUACCGCCAUCAAAGGCAGUAGACAGGUGUAUGAAUUCGCCGACCAGGUAUUCGUCCGUUUCACUGACAUCCGUGACGCCUGUGCCGUCUUCUCAAAUAUCUCUUUGGGUGGCCGCAAUUGGUCCGUCCGUGCAGUGAGCCCUCGGGAGUUUACAUCUGUGAUUGAUCCCAAUGCAUGCCUCGUCACUGCCCAUGAAGGCCAACUUUACUUGAGCGUGUUUUCUCACUCGGCGAACUCUAUGACGACCACACAGCUCGAGACUUUCUUGAAGGAUCUUUUGCAGUCUGAGGGAGACUUAUUUGCCUUCAAGGUCCACGAAGGCGCACCCGGAGCCCUGAUCAGUGCUGUAAUUGAAUACUGUGACAAUGGCAUGGCUAUUCAAGCCCUCUCGAAGUUCAACGGCACCAUCAUUAAUGGCCUUCAAAUCUGCAUGAUUGUACACCGACCUGAUUUGAUGACCAUUCCAACUGGGAAUGAAGGCGGAGCCGUCGACCCGAUCCGAACUAUGUCCACCGCGCCGGCGGACUUGGCCACCAGCCUCCGACAAUUGUCUCUUGGGAGACAACAACCAGCUGUCCAAUCGGCAAGUUCUCUACUAUCCACGCCUGCUCGUCCGCAUGUACCCUCAAGCAACUUCCCGUUGUCGUCACCGUUUGGGAUGAUGCCUCUAGUCUACCCCGGAUUACCUAUUAACACUCCAUACAUGAUCGACCAAGCGCCGUCUAGAACUCCUAGUAUGUUGUCGUCGAGCAACUACUCUCUCGCAAGUCCCUCGAUGUUGCAACCAAACUCGUUCAUGUCUACAGACCUCGUCACUCCACGACAAUUCCAAUCUCUUGGCCGUCCAGAUGGUCGCCGUCAGAACGCGAUGCGAGUUAGUCGAUCCCCUUACUAUAAUGUUGCUAAUCAUCACAACCAUGUCGAUAUUGGCCGCAUUAGAGACGGUAUCGAUGUGCGCACGACUAUCAUGUUGCGCAACAUCCCCAACAAGGUUGACCAAGCUCUACUGAAGAGAAUCGUCGAUGAGUCUAGCUGGGGAAAAUACGACUUCAUGUACCUCCGCAUCGACUUUGCCAACGAUUGCAACGUCGGUUACGCGUUCAUCAAUUUCGUUGAUCCGCUGGACAUUAUUGAUUUUGUGCGUGCCAGAGGCAACCAACGCUGGAACUGCUUUAAGAGCGACAAAGUUGCCGAGAUCUCUUAUGCGACGAUUCAAGGCAAAGACUGCCUCGUCCAGAAGUUUCGCAACAGUUCGGUGAUGCUUGAGGCCCCUCACUAUCGACCCAAGCUUUUCUUCACCCUAAACGGGCCCCACCCGGGAAUGGCAGGUAAUGAAGAACCGUUCCCCGAGCCUGACAACCAAUCGAAGAUGAAGAGAAGCUGCGAAAACGCCGAGCAUGUUGGCCUUUUCACUCCUAAUGCAGGCCAGCACUUCCGUGACGAACAACGACGCCGUCGUUCUCAGUUUGACCGUGGAAACCCGAGAUUGGACCAGGGCGAGUACGACGAUCAUCUUCUUCCAAUCGCCUAUUAUCCCCAGCAGUAA